AUGGCAGGUUUACCACUCAGCCCUCCGCCGUCUGGUAGCGACAAGACAUUCAACGAUGUGACAAGAACCUUGCUCGACAGGAACACGAUUGUCACGUUUCAGCGAAUCGGCAAACCGAUCCCGGCACCCGGCAGCAAUACAAUGUCAGGCCCAUACCUUUCCCAAGAAGCAGGCACCAUUGGGUUUUCCGUCCUGCUGCAGAAGUGUGGCAUUAGCGACGAUGCCGGGAUGAAGGAUGUCUCCAUGGCUAAGAUCAAGGACGGCAUGAGACGGAUCGGUCUCGCAAAGGAGUUUGACAUAUGGAGCUCGCCCACUUCGAAGCUUCUCGAUUACGAUCUCUCGUUUCUGGAUUAUCUGGACCAGGUGUCCCGCCUCUCCAAAGCGCCGGAGCUGUCCAUGCAGGUCUAUUACGGCCUGAGGAAAGAUCACGACCAGCAGACCGUCCAGGAAAUAUAUCAGUCUGGGAACUUUGUCAUCAAGCUAAUUCAGAUCAAAGACGGGAAGUCUCAGGGAGUCGGAUCCAUCCGGGUCAUGGAGGCGCAUCCCAAGGAAACUAAUUGUGACAGACUGGACCCGGAAAGACUUCAGUCUCAAACUCUUGGAGAUUUCCGAAAGAUUAUCCCUACCAUGUGA